AGCUGUUGCGCGGACCAAAGAAAAUUUGCCGGGCUCCGCCGCGCACUCGUCGCGCGUGGUGGUGCUGAGGUACGGGAGAGUUGGCGUAUGGCCAAGAUAUUUGCCAGUCGACAAACAAGUCGACUACGGUGGGUGAUCGUCAGUCGAGCUGUGAGGAAUACAAUGGCAAUCAGAGCGGUGCUUCUGCUAUUCUGCGUCGCAUUGGUUCGGCUGGCCUCUACAGUGUACGUCACAAGCCCUCACGACGAUAUUGGCUAUUUCUGGCACGUAACCGACUUCCAUGUGGAUAAGGACUACUCCACACGAGGAAGUCGUGACCUGUCAUGCCACCGCGAUGUCAACCAGACUACCUUGGAUGACAUUGGGGCAUAUGGCGACUUCCUGUGCGAUGCUCCAAAAUUACUGGCUCAGUCAGCGGUUGAGGCUAUGGAACGGAUACAUCCUACAACAGACUUUGUUCUGUGGACAGGAGACAACCUGCCUCACGUGAGUGGCAUCACUUGGGCUGACAUGUUCAAUGAGACACGCUGGAUUGGAGACCUCCUUUGGCGCUGGGCACGGCGGCACCGUUCGUUUGUCGUGCCCACCUUGGGGAACCAUGACUGGGUUCCAGCAAAUGCUAUGGAAUCUAAGAAUGCUACCCUCUAUAGAGGCUUUCUCAACCAUGCUGGUUUCAACCAGUUGCUCCCAGAGGAUGCCUGGGCCACAUUUGAACAGGGUGGCUACUAUAGUCGGCAGCUGUCCAAGGGCAUUCGGCUGGUGUGCCUAAACUCUGUUCUGUGGUACUCUUCGAACAAGGGCGAGCAACCGGGACUCAGUGACCCUCAAAUGGCCUGGCUGCGAGACCAGCUGCAUGAUGCCCAACACCAGGGACAGAAGGUGUUCAUAUCGGGUCACAUUGGUCCGGGCUACUUUAGCCGCUCCCUUGUUGGUCAGCCUGCAUCCAUAGUUUUCUUCGAAGACAUCAAUGACCGGUACCAGGACCUGAUUGCACAGUACAAGGACGUUGUGGCAGGACAGUUCUUUGGCCACCAGCACAUGAAUGCAUUUGUUCUCCUUUCAGACAAAAAUGGUUCACCGGUCAGCUCAAUGCAUUUGGCUGGGUCAGUUACACCCUGGGGCAGCAAGGAUCCAGUGUACCGUAGCCUCUCUGUGCCCACAAAUCCCUGCGUACGACUCUACACGUAUCGCCGCUCAACUGGAGAACUCCUCGACUACAGCGUCUACUACCUGAACCUUGACAAGGCCAAUGCUGCUGCUGCUUCUCAGCAACAGCCCGAGUGGGAGUUCCUCUAUUCGGCAAGCAAGGACUUUGGGCGGCGGGACCUGAGCACCGACUCUAUGGUGGAGCUGGCGCACCAACUCACUGUCUCGCCGGAGCUGUUGUCUCGGUACAUCAACCUCAGCUCGGCACUCAAGGACACGGGCCCAUGCGAUGCUACCUGCCGCAAGACGAUGCUUUGCGCCAUCCUUGGAUCUCGCCGUGAUUCACAUGCUGCCUGCAUUGCCCAGGAAGGCAAAGUGCAUGCCCUUACUGUGCAGAUGGAUGGCCAUGGUGAGGCCACCACAACCGUCCGGGAUGUACUUGUCGGCUUGUCGGUGUCUCUUGUGAUCGUGGUGGGCAUCGUGCUGGUGGUGCGGGCCAAGAGGGCGCGCAUGAUGCAAGGACCACGCUACGGACGCUUCAGGUGAUUUGUGAGCAACACUAGAGUGUUCAGCCUUGUGUUUUGUUGCUACCAAACUUGUUGGAAGCCGUCAAAGUUACACUUGAGACUGCUGCUGGCACAAUGGCACCUGAUCAAGUUUGCUUGUGUGCUGAAGCCGCAAUUUGACCAUUUGAAACAUUCACGACAGACCCAGUGCCAUUCUUGUGCUGGGCCUUGCUGUGUGCUGCACUUUUAUUGGUUAGCGUCUCAUCCUUGGCCCAUUUGUAGUAAACUCCUUUUUCUGAUGAAAUAAUAUAGUGCAUUACAAUGUUAUAGUGCAUUAUAGCGUUACAAAUACUACAUGUAUGUACUGACUAGAGGGAAGUGAACCUUCUAAUACUGUGAUCAAGCAGAGAGUGAUAUGAGUUUGAUUAAUCUUGGCCAACUUGCUUGCCAAUUUUGUAGUGUGAAGGAGCGCACAUAUUCAGUUGUUUGAAGACAAUUUUUAUUGUAAUGCAGUUUUGUCUUCAUGGGGACUUGCUUUUAAAAGAGAUUAGUGGCAUGUAGUAGCAGUGCAGCCCUGCUACAUAGAAAUAAUUUUUUUUUUUUUUAGAUUGACGAGCUUACUUUUUCACUGCAAAAGACUCUUUUCCUCAUUAUAGUGUAAUAACCAGAAAAUGAAGUGUAAAGGUAUAAAGAUUUCGGAGCCAAGGAAGGAACAAGCACCAUAAUUAUGUGCCUCAUGCCAUGGUCUUUCUUUUUUGCUCCAUUCUGUAACUGCUGUAUAUUCUAAUUUGAAGGCUACUCUGUUUUUCUUCAACACAGUUGGAAAUUUCUAGGAUGUAGCCUGUACAUGUAUCAUAUUUGCGUGUACAAAUAGACUUGGGUACAGCUGCAUGCAACAACUUACUUAGCCCUUAUUUAGCUUUAAUCGCUACCUCAGUCAUCAUAGCCAGCAUUGCCCACUGUCUUGGUACACCUGAUAGGCACAUUACUUGACGCAUGCUUAAACAAAAAAAGUAGUUGACCUCCUUGAAGUUUACAUGUGAACUACAGGCCCACGUUGGCAUGACAGUGACAAGAAACAGCCUAGUCAGCGGUAUAAUCAUAGGAUGAAAAAUUAAUGGGCUUUUCAUGCGAAAAAUUCCAGCAGAAUGCUCAAGGCAAUACAAGCCAUGUAGGUCUUAAAGGGGCCCUGAACCACCUUAUGAGAAUAGUGAAGCAAACAGUCCGCGGGUAGCAUACCCUGCUGUGAACAUCUCAGCCAAAUUUUGCAGUCGUGCACGGUGCAUGGAUCUCGCAAGCGGAGCACAAAGUCACCUUUCUCUAAAACGCUCUCUUUUCAACUAAAACCUGCUCCUCACUCUUUUCUGCACGCUUUAUUUAGUAAUAUAGCAGAUUCCCAUGCAUGGCUACUAUUGGCCAAUAGCUGAUAUUAAUCAAGAAGGGUGUUUGUAUCAGUGCGCUUCUUGCUACUGUUACUGCGUAUAUUUAUUGACGCAGUUUAAUAAACAAGCUGAAGUAAGUGAAAAUAUGCUUUCGAAUUUCGACAUUAAUUACUUACUUUCGUUGGAAGCCGAUUAUUGUCUGCUCACGCAUGGCCGCCAUCAUAGGAAUUAAACUUUGGCCACCCUGCUUAUUGGUGUCAUAGCUGUCGGGUCUCACAAAUUUCGUCUAGUUUUGAACGCUCAACUAGCCUCGAACCACAUAAAACUUAGUCACACCAGAUGCACGCUUGCCAGUGUGCGCUCACUCCUGGCCGCUCCUGGCCGCCUUGACAGACUUCACUUCGUAAUGAGCUUCAAUGUGCGCAAGUUGGAGGUGACUACUAUGUGUCGGUCAAGCUGAUGCAGGACAAAGCUGGUCCGCACCACAUAGCACAAUCAGACAGGAGCGUGUGAGGGUGCACUUUAGCCCUGUCGUGCACGAAGCAAACGCUGCAGUUGCAUGUAGCUGUGGUCUGCUACGUAGCGUAGGUACCGCGGCUGCCACGGGGUGCUGCAAUGAGUACACUGGCUGAGUGCACUGCGGCUCACCAAGGUCAGCCAUGUUUGCCGCGUCGUAGGCGCAAAAUCGGAAAUAGUGGCAUCUACGUCAGCAUCCAGAAUCAAAUUUGAUCUGCACACCACGGUGACGUUCAGUAGACGGAGCGUUGUGGGCACACCUCGUUUCGCCAUAGCCUUUGCAGUGCAGAUCAUUCAAGAAGGAGCGGAAGCACUGCGAAUGGUAUGUUUGAUGGCCCAUAACUCCACUUCUGCUGAACGCAUUGAAGAACUUCUUUGCGGCAAAGUAUUUCUGAAAUGGUCUAAAUUAACUUCAAGUGCAUUUCUUGACUUUGAUAUAAAAGCGGUUCAGGACCCCUUUAGACACUGUAGGCCAUACACUUGAAUUGUAGGUAAUUAAAGCUGCAGGUGGCCUGACUGAAGAGUGUUAGCACCUGCACUGGCAACAAAGCAUCAUGAAUUCAGGGCUCACUAAACAGAGAAAGUCGUACACUUUCUGGCACUCUGUAUUGUAAAAGAGGCAGGAUGGCUUCUUGCAUGCUAGCAUGUUGUUCGAAUGCAAGGCGCAUGGGGAGAGUGCAGUGAGACGAAACAUAGGGAGAUGGGACGCAUUACGUGGGAACAUCAGUGCUCUUGAAUCAAUGAACUUCACUCUCUAGAGAUUCAGUGUAAGAAAGACGGACACGACAUGAAACACAAAGGGUUUUUGUCCUGUUAGUCUAGUCUUGUGUGUCCAUGUUUCUUGUGCCGAAUCUUUCAAGAUGAACAUGUUCAAACUAGGCCAGCGAAAAGUCUUACAGAAUGACAUCUCUAACAGGCCAUCAUCUGUAAAGGUAGCAAAGAAACGGAAUUUACAUUUCUAACAUGUUUAGAUUGCUUGUAGCACAGCCCUGCAUAGCAUUGCAGGCUACUGCACAAUCACACCAGCACAGCCACAGCUGCAGCUGAUGUGGUACACUUUUUGAAGGAGACUUGUUGACCUGGUAUGUAAAUUAUUUUGAAAUUACUUCUUAAAACGAAGCUUUCUUUUCAUACCUUCCUGAACGUUUCUGGCCAUGGCUGCUGCUGCUGUAUUGCUGAAUAGACGCAUGCCUCAUAUUGCAUAGAGCAUGCACGUGAGACCGUGUUCCACAAGACAGCAUGGGCGCAUGCUGGUUUCCAUCAGGCCAUACACGUAGGAAUGAAAUUGAAAAAAUAAUAGUCAACAUUGCCUUUGUCUUUUGCCUUGUGCUUCUCUUGGCACACAUCUGUCUCCAUCAUUCUUUCCUCGACAAAUGUCACCUUCGUCCCUGUGACAUUACUGCAUCGACGCCUCACAGUCUCAGUGGCUAUGGUGUUGGGCUGCUGAGCACGAGGUCGCGGGAUCGAAUCCCGGCCACGGCGGCCGCAUUUCGGUGGGGGCGAAAUGCGAAAACACCCGUGUACUUAGAUUUAGGUGCACGUUAAAGAACCCCAGGUGGUCGAAAUUUCCGGAGUCCUCCACUACGGCGUGCCUCAUAAUCAGAAAGUGGUUUUGGCACGUAAAACCCCAUAAUAUAAUUUUUAAUUUUACGCCUCACAAUGUGCAUUUGUAAGAACUGCUGUUUACGUCUCUAUUCAGAUUGUAAACAGUGUAGUGCAUAAACGUGAACUUUGUAGCAUAUUAUAGUUGUGGCCAAUAUGGUGCAUAAGUACAAGCAUUGCACGAGAUAUUGCAUAGAUGACAAUAAAGACUAUUGCAUGCAUCACAUUUAGUUUCAUAGCAUUUCAGCUACUGCUUCAUGAAAGCUUCUAUAGAAGCACUUGAAAUUCCAACAUGCACUGGAACUGCAUGAUUGUUUAUUAAGCAAAUCUAGACCAUACCAAUAUUCCCUUUGUCCUUAUAACUUCAGCCAGAUAACACAAAUGUGCGGGAGAAUAUAAAGACUGUGCAGCACAUAGAGCUGGCGUGCCGACAUACUGCAUCAAUGUUAUCAGCAGCCAGUCUAGUGUUAGGUUGUGUGCUACCGCAUGCCACCUGAUCUUGGAGGCCAUGCAUUCACUACUUUCGCAAGUCUGCAUUCUCCCAUCUGUGCUCAUGACUGCUACGUCCACAAUCGAUGGCUCACCACAGUAAUAAGAACCAAUGUACUGCAGCUGCAGUAAGAAACUACACGUAUUGCGUAAAAGGUAGCGAAAAAAGCUUUGCAUUUUGAUUUGCAGUGCACGCGAUAGGCUUUUGCUUGCUGUAGUCUGCUACAGCUAGCAUGUGAAUCGCCUCCACAGCACGCUGCUAGGGCUGGACCACCUUCUCAUUGCACGCUCCCUAUAGUGCAUGCAUUCAGCUUGUGCAAGCCAAUUUUAUUGGGUAGGGCGAGUGCUGAAAGCCAUUUCUUGUACACACAUUAAUGGCAAGCAGUGCGUUACUUUUUUAUUUGCAGAUUACGUUGCUGGGGUUGUCUGUGAGCAUUACAACAAAGUGAUGUAAGGUCUUGAGUGGUACGAUUAUGUUUGUUCUGAUUGCAUGGUUAAAUGAUCAAUAGCAAUGACUGUGAGAGUUGAAGGUUAUACACAGUUAUGCUGUUAGGAUGUUCAGUCAUGUGCUCAAAGCUUCAACCCUGUUGUCAUCCCAGUGCCUUCUAAACAAGUGUGCUAGUACUGCAAUAUGUCUGUUGUUAGUGUGACAAGACUUGCAUACAUACUUGUAGACUCUGGGAGUAGUUAGCACCUGAACAUUGUUGGUUAGCUGUUCAACACUGAUUUAAGGUGUCCUGUAGCUGGACUUCCAGCUAGAUCUACUGUCCAAGCAGUGAGUGAUUUAUGCUGCCCCUGUGACUCGGGAAUAUCUUAUGCCAUUUGUAUAGUGCAAUUUUUGCAUUUAAUGUCAUUAGUUGGCUGCACAAGAGUAAGAAAUUUAGCUAGUUGGUUUGUAAGUAGUACAGUGAAAAGUGAAGACAGGACAAAAAGAAAAAAGCCGGAAUUCAGUGCAUAUGUGAACACAGCACAUAAACACUGUGCAUGUGUCCUGUCUUGUUUUGUCAUGUGCGCUGUUCACCAUGCUCACCAUGUUUGGCUCCUACAUGAGGUAAUUUGUGCCAUUUGAUGAAAACAAUGAAAACAGUGUUAGCCUCCAUAUGAAUUUGAGAAACUAAUUUCCUCCACUAGUGAUCCGGAAUACUUCAGAGUUGUAUUUUCAAACUACAAAUGGAGAAGAUGAAAUUGUUUUCUUUGUUGGAGUUUGUGCUUAAAGAGUUGUUCUAACUUGUUUACAUUGACAUUGAUUGUGUUACUGAUUUGGAAUGCAUGAGAAUUGAGGCGUUUUGUAGGCUGUAAAUGAAAAAAAAAACUGAUUUGUUUUCUCUGUGAGAGUUUGUAACAAAAUAGUUGUUCUCAUUUCUGUACAUACACAAAUGAGUUGCUGUGACGGCCCUCUAAAGUGAAGAUUUGUCCUGCCAGUUGUCGAAGCUAGUCGCGGGUGGUUUCUGCAUAUGCUGCAAACUUAGCGCAAAAGAUUUUGUUAUUUUAGUUUUUAGAUGAGUUAUCAAGACUAUGAGCAUUCAGAAAAAAUGGUAACUGCUUUUAUGGUUGUAAAUUUAUGAUGAUGGUUUGUGGAAACAAUAAAGUGUACUAGUGUUUAUAUAUCAUA